CUGGAAGGUAUGGUGCUGUGGUGAGGUUUAGAGAGUAGAAAUGGAGGAAAGAAGGGAUCUUACGAUUAAUCUUGAUUUGAUGAGUGUCAGGAAGCCGCCAGGGAGAGCAGAGGUGCUUAAAAGUGUUCAGUCUUGGAGAGGCAAAUCGUCUAUUAUUAGGAGGAAUAUUAAGCGGAUAGGGCUAAUUCAGUCGAAGAAUAAAUAUCCUGUGAUGAAUAUCGAAACUGCUAAGCAUAACAUUGACCUUAAAAAGUUGAAAACAUUCGUCCUGGCUAGGAACAAGAAAUUGAGGAAGAAGUUUACAAUUGGGGAUAAAUCAAUAUUGCUUUCUCCUCAUCAACGGUUUCUCAAAGACAAAGCAGUUGAGAUUAUUAAGAACCGUAAUCCAUACUUAAAAUAAUCGAUGCUUUGCUAAUUCAUCGUUCAAUAAGAGGUUUAAGUUUAGCAAGGUUUAUAACAGUAACAAAGAUUUUGCAAGAAGUAAAGUCUUUUCUACCAAAAAGCUUAGUAAAAGCCAAUUUGAUGAUCAUGUCAAAUCAUUUUCCUUUCAAAAAUAUAUUGAGAGUCUCAAGCAAGUGAAGAAAACCCCUAAUAAAGAAACUAGCUCAAAAGUCCUCAAGAGUCAGGUAAAGAAAGCUCAUUUAGACUUUAUUGAUGCUGAAUGGAGAACUGCAUAUCAGAACUCUAUAAACCAAAUCAAGCUUGAUCUCUCGGAGAAAGAUGAAAGUUUAUGGACUCCUUUGAGGAGAAAACAGACAUUUUCAAAGAACAGCCAGAAAAUCCAGAAAGUUGGCAUUCAAGCUUUAGAAAAUCUACAGUUCAAAACACCGAUGAUUGGCAGGUCAUUUACAUUUUCAAAAUCUCCAUUCAAAAAUAACUUCCAGUAAUCCUAUUUUUACAAGCUUAUACUUAUUUUAAUCCUUGAGCAACAU